AAUUGUAAUGCACCCUAACCAAAAAUAGACAUCAACCUUUAGGCAAUUCCCAGUGUCACAAAUACGAAUAAGAAUGAGAUUCCGAGAAUCUGAAUUGUUUUGCCUUUAACACGCUGCAAAUCAAACAAAAUUGCUUUUUUCUCAUGCUUUUCUCUCUCCCAAUCCUUUGUGUUGUGAAAAAUGAGUUGAUAUGUCUCUGUUAUGAACAGGAAAUGCAACUGCUGUAAAUUUCUCAACUGACAGGAAACAGGCUGUUGCUCUUACAGUGAACCCCAGCCCAUGGAGGCCCUCGCUUUCCAGUACAUUGAGUUCCUUCAUAGGUACAGAGGCUGCAGUUAAAUCCUGUGUUACACUUCUCUAUUCUCUUUAAAGAGGUACUGUAUCAGUGUGCAUCAUUGAUGUCACAUUAACCGGAUGCGUGACCGGGACUCGUGCGUGUUUGAUGGAAACAAGAAGCCGACGACAUCUCGAAUCUCUGAGCCAGUCUCUGCUUUAUUGAUUCGGUUUCCUUUGCUGUGCGUGGCGUCGUCUCAUUUUCAGACUGAGAAAAGAGAGGGAUCAAAGAGAAAAGUGGAAAAUUAGGCAGGGGGAAAGGAGAGGCGGCGGAGAACAGUGGAGUGGAGAAGGAUGGAUGGCGUUUCAUCGGAUCAGUCAUCCAGCGUGGAUGAGCUGGUGGAAGCCUGCAUCAAAGCCUUUGACAAUGAAGGCGUUCUGAAGGAGACGUUACUUGUACGCAUGUUUCUCACUAUGCAUCCCUGGUAUCUGUCCUCCACUGACCUAGCCAAGAAACUUCUGCACAAAUCUCAAGAACAGGACUGCUCUGCAAAUCGCCAGUCUCAAAUAUGUCACCUUGUCAAGUACUGGAUAUCCGAGUUCCCAGCUGAAUUUGACCUGAACCCCGAGCUGGCUGAGCAGAUCCGCGGUCUGAAAGAGCGACUGGAGCAGAAUGGAGAUGUGAGGCGUAGUCUGCUCAUCGAUGUAGACAGCAUCCCAUCGUACGAAUGGAGACGACAGCUGACCGAACAUGUGCAGAAGAAACGCAAGACCUCUCUUCUGUUUGACCACCUGGAUGCAUCCACCCUCGCCGAACAUCUCACAUACAUGGAGUACAAAUCCUUUUGCAAAAUUAUUUUCCAGGACUACCACAGUUUUGUGAUGCACGGCUGCACAGUGGACAAUCCCAUUCUGGAGCGUUUCAUCACCCUCUUUAACAGCGUUUCCCAGUGGAUCCAGAUUAUGGUUCUCAGUAAGCCUACAGCUCAACAGAGAGCUACAGUCAUCAGUGAUUUCAUCAAAGUGGCUCAGAAGCUACUGCAGUUGCAGAACUUCAACACCCUGAUGGCAGUAGUAGGUGGACUUAGCAACAGCUCCAUCGCUCGACUCAAGGAUACACAAGCGCUCGUCUGCAGCGAGAUGCGAAAGGUUUUUGAUGGAUUGGUGGAGCUGGUCACCUCAUCCGGAAACUACAGUCGUUACCGUCAGCGUUUCUCGGAAUGCUCCGGAUUUCGUUUUCCCAUUCUUGGUGUGCAUCUAAAGGACCUGAUUGCCGUCCAUGUGGCACUGCCUGAUUGGGCCGACCCGGAGAAAAGCAGGGUCAACCUCACCAAGACUCAUCAAUUGUAUGCCAUCUUGGAGGAGCUGGCGGUUGUUCAGAGCACCCCGCCCAACAUAGAAGCCAAUUCAGACUUGCUGAAUCUGCUGAUAGUGUCUUUGGACCAGUACCAUUCGGAGGAGGAGAUUUAUCAGCUCUCUCUGCAGAGGGAGCCAAGAAGCGCAAAACGAUCAACUUCCAGCUCAAAGUCGCAGUCUCCACUUAUAGAACAGUGGGCAUCUUCUGUCAAGCCUAAAGCCGAUCCGGCCAUUAUCAACAAACACAUUGAAAAAAUGGUGGAGUCAGUGUUCCAAAAUUAUGACACCAAUGGCGAUGGCUACAUUUCCCAAGAAGAGUUUGAGACCAUCAGGCGCAAUUUCCCGUACCUCGGCAAGUUCGAUGAAGUGGACCAAAACCGGGAUUGUAAAAUUAGUCGAGAAGAGAUGAUUGAGUACUUCACCAAGGCAACUUCUUUACAGAACUGCAAGAUGGGCUUUGUUCACACAUUUACAGAGGCGAGCAGUGUCAAGCCUUCACUUUGUCGCCACUGUUCUCGCUUGAUAUGGGGAUUUAACAAACAAAGAUACAAAUGCAAAGUGUGCGGGGUGAGCUGUCAUAAAGACUGUCAGAGUCGCUUGGCCAUUGAGUGCCGCAAGCGGACACAGAGCGUCAGCUGUGACAGUAGUGCUUCCUUUAGAGCCACACGUUCCCUCAGCUUCCCGCCUCCUAACAGCGCCCAGGAAGACGAAGAGUGCCCGGUCAUCAAGGAUGGCUCUCAGGAGAAAGAGGAUGAGGUUUUUGAUGUCCACCUUUGAUGAAGAACAUCCUGGAACAAAUCCAUAAACCCCAGCAGUAAGAAAGCAGCAUUAUACUCCAAAGCCUUGUAUGUGUGAGAUCAGUAUUUGGUCUCCCAGUAUGAUUUUUAUCUAUACCUCUUGAUCUCUAUUUUACUGUGGGAAGA